AUGGUGGGCGUGGCGUCGGGCCAGAGCGACUGCCAGGGCAAGGUGGGCAGCUACGCCUACGACCUCACCCCGCUGGCGCGGAGAAUUGGCGCCGUGGACCUGCAGGCGACCGACAGCCGGGGCUGGACCUACUACUACCGCGUGUGCGGCGUCGUGAGCAACAAGUUAUGUCAGUCCGACGACGACAUGACGCCCGCCGUGUGCCAGACGGACUCUCGAGUGCCUGCGCACUGGUACGGCGACUGUGGGAACCAGAAGACGGCCACCUUCACGACCCGAGCAAGGACCGGCGUGUUCUCGUUCAUCGCGGAGAAUCCCUUCCUGACCUACAACCUUCAGUUCGUGUCCAAGUACGCGUGCCCGACGAUCGUCGCCAGCCCGAGCCCGGCGCCACCGAGCAGGGACAACGCGUGCUGCCUCUACCAAUUCGACUCCGACCCGAACAUGACGAGGACCCUGUGCGCCUCCAAGCUGCCCAAGGAACAAUAA